CCUGUGGAGUACCCCGCAAGCACAGAACUCUCCAAAUCCCGACACCCCGGUGAUAAGCAGCAGUAAAUCUUCUCACCCAUUGAAUUCAAGAUGUCCAAAAAACCUGCUUUGAGUGAGGAUGAGAAGUUCCUCUUCCUCGACAAGGACUUCAUCAACAGCCCUGUGGCUCAAGCCGACUGGGCCGCCAAGAAGCUGGUGUGGGUCCCCUCUGAGAAACAUGGGUUUGAGGCUGCCAGCAUCAAGGAGGAGCAUGGGGAUGAAGUGCUGGUGGAGCUGGCAGAUAAUGGCAAGAAGGUGACCAUCAACAAAGAUGACAUCCAAAAGAUGAACCCACCCAAAUUCAGCAAGGUGGAGGACAUGGCAGAGCUCACCUGCCUGAAUGAAGCAUCCGUGCUGCACAACCUGAGGGAGAGGUACUUCUCUGGGCUCAUCUAUACUUACUCAGGACUGUUCUGUGUGGUGGUAAACCCCUAUAAAAUGCUGCCCAUCUAUUCUGAGAAGAUUAUCGACAUGUACAAAGGGAAGAAACGCCAUGAAGUGCCCCCUCACAUCUACUCAAUCACCGACAAUGCCUAUAGGAACAUGAUGCAAGAUCGUGAGGACCAGUCAAUUCUCUGCACAGGGGAGUCUGGCGCUGGGAAGACAGAGAACACCAAAAAAGUCAUCCAGUACCUAGCAGUGGUGGCCUCAUCUCACAAAGGAAAGAAAGACACCAGUACUGGAGAGCUAGAGAAACAGCUCCUGCAGGCCAACCCCAUUCUAGAAGCCUUUGGAAAUGCUAAGACCAUCAAGAAUGACAACUCCUCACGAUUUGGUAAAUUCAUCCGCAUCAACUUUGACGUGACAGGAUACAUCGUUGGAGCCAACAUUGAGACUUAUCUACUGGAGAAGUCCCGCUGUAUUAGACAGGCCAAGACUGAGAGGGCCUUUCACAUCUUCUACUACAUGGUGGCAGGAGCCAAAGAAAAGCUACGUGAGGAGCUGCUGCUGGAGAGCUUCAACAAUUACCGUUUCCUGAUGGCGGGACAUGUCCAAAUCCCCGGACAGCAGGAUGAUGAAAUGUACGAUGAGACAAUGGAGGCCAUGAACAUCAUGGGCCUCUCUGAGGAGGAGCGGAUAGGCAUCCUGAAGGUGGUCUCCUCAGUACUGCAGCUAGGAAACAUUGAGUUCAAGAAGGAGAGAAACCAGGAACAGGCAACCAUGCCUGACAACACAGCGGCCCAGAAAGUGUGCCAUCUGCAGGGAAUCAAUGUGACGGAUUUCACACGGGCCAUACUCACCCCACGUAUCAAAGUGGGCCGAGAGCUGGUACAGAAAGCACAGACCAAGGAGCAGGCUGAUUUUGCUGUAGAGGCCCUGGCCAAGGCCAUGUACGAGCGCCUGUUCCGCUGGAUCCUGGGCCGUGUCAACAAGGCACUGGACAAAACCAAACGCCAAGGAGCAUCAUUUUUAGGCAUCUUGGACAUUGCUGGCUUUGAGAUCUUUGAGGAUAACUCCUUUGAGCAGCUGUGUAUUAACUACACCAAUGAGAAGCUGCAGCAGCUCUUCAACCACACCAUGUUCAUCCUGGAGCAAGAGGAGUAUCAGAGGGAGGGCAUUGAGUGGAACUUCAUCGACUUUGGUCUGGACCUACAGCCCUGUAUUGAGCUCAUCGAGAGGCCGAAUAACCCACCGGGCAUCCUGGCCCUCCUGGACGAGGAGUGCUGGUUCCCCAAAGCCACAGAUGUCUCAUUCGUGGAGAAGCUCGUGAACACACAGAGUAACCAUCCCAAGUUUGCAAAGCCCAAGCAACUUAAAGACAAGACAGAGUUCUCUGUGCUUCACUAUGCUGGCAAAGUGGAUUACAAUGCUACUGCUUGGCUGACCAAGAACAUGGACCCACUUAAUGACAAUGUGACAGCACUGCUCAAUAACUCCUCUAGCCCCUUUAUUCAAGAUCUCUGGAAAGAUGCUGACCGUGUGGUGGGGCUGGAGACCAUCGCCAAGAUGUCAGACAGCUCCAUGCCCAGUGCCUCUAAGACCAAGAAGGGCAUGUUUCGUACAGUGGGCCAGCUCUACAAGGAGUCACUGGCCAAACUGAUGACCACCCUGCACAACACACAGCCCAACUUUGUGCGGUGCAUCAUCCCCAACCACGAGAAGAGGGCAGGGAAGCUGGACGCUCACCUGGUUUUGGAGCAGUUGCGGUGCAAUGGUGUGCUGGAGGGAAUUCGUAUUUGCCGACAAGGAUUCCCCAAUCGUAUCGUGUUCCAGGAGUUCCGUCAGCGCUAUGAGAUCCUGGCUGCAAAUGCUAUUCCUAAAGGUUUCAUGGAUGGCAAACAAGCUUGUUGCCUGAUGAUUAAGCAUCUGGAUCUGGACCCAAACCUCUACCGCAUUGGUCAGAGCAAGAUCUUCUUCCGUACUGGUGUGUUGGCCCACCUGGAGGAGGAGCGUGAUCUGAAGAUCACUGUUAUUAUCAUCGCCUUCCAGGCCCAGGCUAGAGGGUUCUUGGCUAGGAAGGCAUUUGCCAAGAGGCAGCAACAGUUGACGGCCAUGAAGGUGAUCCAGAGAAACUGUGCUGCUUACCUCAAGCUGCGCAACUGGCAGUGGUGGAGACUCUUUACUAAGGUCAAGCCCCUGCUACAAGUGACCCGACAGGAGGAGGAAAUGAGUCUGAAGGAAGAAGAACUCCAAAAGGCAAAAGAACAAGCGCAGAAAAGUGAUACAGAGCUGAAGGAGAUCACCCUGAAACACACACAGCUCCUGGAAGAGAGGAACCAGCUGCAGGAGCAGCUGCAGGCAGAGACAGAGCUGUACGCAGAGGCCGAGGAGAUGAGGGUGCGUCUGGCUGCAAAGAAGCAGGAGCUGGAGGAGAUCCUCCACGAGAUGGAGGCACGGCUGGAGGAGGAGGAGGAACGUAGUCAGGCCAUGCAAGUGGAGAGGAAGAAGAUGCAGCAGCAGAUCCAGGACCUGGAGGAGCAUCUUGAGGAGGAGGAGGAUGCCCGUCAGAAGCUGCAGCUGGAGAAGGUGACCUCUGAAGGCAAGAUCAAGAAACUGGAGGAUGACAUCCUGGUAAUGGAGGACCAGAACAACAAGCUGCUCAAGGAGAGGAAGUUAAUGGAGGAGAGGAUAGCAGACUUCAGCUCCAACCUGGCAGAGGAAGAGGAGAAGUCAAAGAACUUGACCAAACUGAAGAACAAGCAUGAAUCCAUGAUAUCGGAGCUUGAAGUGCGUCUGAAGAAGGAGGAGAAGACCCGGCAGGAGCUGGACAAGGCCAAACGCAAGUUGGAGGCAGAGUCCAAUGACCUCCAGGAGCAGAUUGCUGAUCUCCAAGCCCAGAUUGCUGAGUUGAAGGCACAACUGGCAAAGAAGGAGGAAGAGCUUCAGGCUGCACUGGCUAGGCUGGAAGAUGAGACAGCACAGAAGAACAACGCUCUGAAGAAGAUCCGGGAGCUGGAGGGACACAUCUCUGAUCUGCAGGAGGACCUGGAAUCUGAGCGUGCCGCUCGCAACAAGGCCGAGAAAACCAAACGCGACCUGGGCGAGGAGCUGGAGGCGCUGAAGUCCGAGCUGGAGGACACUCUGGACAGCACUGCCACCCAGCAGGAGCUCCGGGCAAAACGAGAGCAGGAAGUAACCCUGCUUAAACGGGCCAUGGAGGAAGAAGGACGCGCCCAUGAGGCACAGGUGCAGGAAAUGCGUCAGAAGCACACGCAGGCUGUGGAGGAGCUCACUGAGCAGCUGGAGCAGUCCAAACGGGUGAAAUCUAACUUGGAGAAGGCAAAGCAGGCUCUGGAGAAGGAGUCUUCAGAGCUGACUAUAGAGGUGCGCUCUCUGACCCAAGCCAAACAGGAGGUGGAGCACAAGAGAAAGAAGGUGGAGGGCCAGUUGGCUGACCUGCAGUCUCGCUUUAAUGACAGCGAAAAGCAGAAAGCAGAGCUGGGAGACCGUGUUUCCAAAAUCACCGUGGAACUGGACAGUGUGACUAACCUUCUCAAUGAAGCAGAGGGCAAAAACAUCAAGCUUAGCAAAGAUGUGGCCAGUCUGAGUGCUCAGGUUCAGGACGCGCAGGAGCUGCUGGCAGAGGAGACACGGCAGAAGCUGGCUCUUUCAACCCGUCUGCGACAGAUGGAGGAUGACCGCAACGGACUUCAAGAGCAGCUGGAGGAGGAGAUGGAGGCUAAGAGGAAUGUGGAGAGGCAUGUCUCCACCCUUACUGUGCAGCUGUCAGAAUCCAAGAAAAAGCUGGAUGAGUUUUCCAGUAACAUGGAACUGCUGGAGGAGAGCAAGAAGCGCCUGCAAAGAGACCUGGAAGCAGCUAACACACAGUUUGAGGAGAAGGCCUCAGCCUAUGAUAAGCUGGAGAAGACGAAGAACCGCCUACAGCAAGAACUGGAGGAUUUGCUGAUGGACCUGGACAACCAGCGGCAGUUGGUCUCCAACUUGGAGAAGAAGCAGAAGAAGUUUGACCAGAUGCUUGCAGAGGAGAAGAGCAUUUCUACCAAGUAUGCAGAUGAGCGCGACCGUGCAGAGGCUGAGGCUCGAGAGAAAGAGACAAAGGCUCUGUCCUUGGCCCGAGCCCUGGAGGAAGCCCAGGAUGCCCGUGAGGAGCUGGAGAGGGCUAACAAGGCCUUGCGUGCUGAGAUGGAGGACCUCGUCAGCUCCAAGGAUGACGUUGGCAAGAACGUGCACGAGCUUGAGAAGUCAAAGCGUGGACUUGAAGCACAGGUGGAGGAAAUGAAAACCCAGCUGGAGGAGCUGGAAGAUGAGCUGCAGGCGGCUGAGGAUGCCAAACUGCGUCUGGAGGUCAACAUGCAGGCUCUCAAGGCCCAGUUCGAGAGAGACCUGCAGGGCAGAGAUGAGCAGGGUGAGGAGAAGAAGAGGCAGCUGAUCAAACAGGUACGUGAGCUGGAGACAGAGCUGGAGGAUGAGCGCAAGCAGAGAGCCACCGUGUCUGCUGCUAAGAAGAAGCUAGAGGGAGAUAUCAAGGACCUGGAGGGUCAGAUUGAAACAUCCAACAAGGGUCGAGAUGAGGCCAUCAAACAGCUGCGCAAGCUCCAGGCUCAGAUGAAGGACUUCCAGAGAGAGCUGGAGGACGCUCGUGCUGCCAGGGAAGAAGUGCUGACCACCGCCAAGGAGAGCGAGAAGAAGGCCAAGAGUCUGGAGGCUGAACUUAUGCAGCUCCAGGAGGAUCUGGCAGCAGCAGAAAGGGCGCGCAAGCAGGCUGAAGCUGAGAGGGAUGAACUGUCUGAUGAGCUGGCCAGCAACUCCUCUGGAAAGUCUGCGCUGGCUGAUGAAAAACGACGUCUGGAGGCUAAAAUCACUCAGCUGGAGGAAGAACUGGAGGAGGAGCAGAGUAACAUGGAGAUCCUCAAUGACAGGCUGAGGAAGAGCGUGCAGCAGGUGGAUCAGCUGAACAAUGAGCUUCAAGCAGAGCGCACCACAUCUCAAAAGAAUGAGAGCGCACGGCAGCAAAUGGAGAGGCAGAAUAAGGAGCUGAAGGCCAAGCUGCAGGAGAUGGAGAACCAGGUCAAGUCCAAGUUCAAGUCCUCCAUCUCUGCCUUGGAAGCCAAAGUGCAGCAGCUGGAGGAGCAGCUGGAGCAAGAGAGCAGGGAGAAGCAGGCCAAUGCCAAGAGCAUGCGCCAGAAGGAGAAGAAACUGAAGGACUUGAUGAUCCAAGUGGAGGAUGAGCGGAAACAAGCAGAACAGUACAAGGACCAGGCAGACAAGUCCAACGCGCGGGUGAAGCAGCUGAAGAGGCAGCUGGAAGAGUCAGAGGAGGAGUCCCAGCGUAUAACGGCUGCUCGCAGGAAACUGCAGAGGGAGCUGGACGAGGCCACAGAGACUAAUGAUGCCAUGAGCCGAGAAGUGAACUCCCUCAAGAGCAAACUCAGACGUGGAAACGAGCCAUCCUUCAGUAGCACACCAAGGCGUGUUGGUGGAGGGGGCCGGAGAGGAGUGAUCGAGAACACCGACGCUUCCGAAGAGGAGGCAGACUCACAGGGUGACUUCAAUGGAACCAAGGCUGAUUAGAGGAGCACAUGCAUUUGUUCGUUGGUCUUACAUUCUAAUGAAUUAUUCCAUAUAUUACCAGACAGAUCUGCUUAUCAGUCAAAAAAUUAAAUAAAAUCUACUCGAUUUUUCAACCACAGCCAAGCACUGCAAACUAAACGGGGUCAAUCUCAAUACCAGCCACUAGCUGACUGCCACAUUGUGAAGCCAUUUUAUGUCAUAACUAUGAAACAGAAUUGCAAAUAAUAAUGCAUUUGGCUGCUGAAAUCAUUGCUUCUGAUUAGUUCAGUGUUGGGUGUUGGAAAUUUUGGUUUGAUUUGCUGUUCUGUGAAGCACUUUUUUGAGCUGCACCCUCAAAUUACAAGCUCUUUAUUAAUUAUUAAUUUUCAUGCUUGUAGUAAACUUUAGUCUUGGACCCAAUGCUGCAGUUUCCUGCUUUUGCUUGGAAGCAGCCUUUCUCUGUCCUGUCUAAUCAUAAAACGACUUCACAAGUGGCCAUCUUUUCUUUUUUGCCCACAUAAAUAUUACAUUUUUCUUAAAGCAUCUUCUCUAGAGUUAAAAUCAGGGAACUGAUCAAAGAUUUCCACAUUUGGGC